AUGAUCCAGAGGGAGCAGUCGGUGCCCAGCCCCAGUCAGCACAGCCAGGACCGCGCCCAGGACGCCCCCAGUGGGCGUGGGGGCCGCCAGCAGCCCGAGGACCUCAGUGGGCAAGGCCAGCUUCGUCAGCACGCCGAGGACCUCAGUGGCCACGGCCAGCUUUUCCAGCACGCCGACGACGCCCACCGCGGCCAGGGUCAGCUUCACGACCUCGCCGACGACGUCCUCAACAGUCACAGCCAGCUCCGCCAGUUCACCGACAGCCCUUACGGGGGCCAGUUCGGCGGCCAGCGUGGCGGCCAGCAGGACGACACGAGGCAGGACGACGACGACAGCCAGACGGAGGACGACACGUACAUGGCCUACCACCUGAGGCUGGCCAUGGGGCCGGUGGACGCCGUGCUGCGCGCCAAGGAGGACGCCGCCUGGGCGAAGGCAGCCGGCGCCGAGUCCAAGGCGGCGGCCGAGGUGCCGGGCGGCAAGCGCACGCGACAGACGUACUCGCGCAACCAGACGCUGGAGCUGGAGAGGGAGUUCCACUUCAACAAGUACCUGACGCGGCGGCGCCGCAUGGAGAUCGCCGCCAAGCUGGGGCUGUCCGACCGCCAGAUCAAGAUCUGGUUCCAGAACCGCCGCAUGAAGGCCAAGAAGGACCAACCCGCCAGGUGA